CGUCACUAAAGUGGUGAUUUAGGAUUUUGAUUGGACUUUGACUUUUAUUUUGUAACCUUUUGUAGAGUUCCAUGUAAAUAACAUUUUACGUUUUAUAAAGCAAAUUAAGCACAAAAAUGUUUUCGCCACUCAGCAGGCAAUUAUUGUUUUAUACUCAGCUUCGUCGUCUGCAAAGUACUUUAGUGUUAGCUGAGCAUAACAAUGAAGCCCUAUUGCCAGCCACUCAAAAUGCCAUAAGUGCUGCAAAAAAAAUAGGUGGUGAAAUCUCUGUUCUGGUUGUUGGUACAAAGUGUGGUCCAGCAGCUGAAGCUGUUGCAAAAGCAAAUGGUAUAUCCAAAGUGCUUGUGGCUGAGAGUGAUGCAUUUAAAGGGUUCACUGCAGAGUCCUUGACCCCCUUAAUAUUGGCAACACAGAAACAGUUCAAUUUUACACAUAUCUUGGCACCAGCCACCGCUUUUGGUAAGGCUGUGUUGCCCAGGGUUGCCGCAAAGUUGGAUGUGUCGCCAAUUACUGAUAUUAUUGGUGUUAAAGAUGCAAAUACAUUCAUAAGAACUAUUUAUGCAGGAAAUGCAGUACUAACAUUGGAAGCAAAAGACAAAAUCAAAGUGAUCACCGUUAGAGGUACAGCUUUCGCUCCCGAGCCCCUGGAGGGUGGAUCGGCUGCCGUGGAGAAGGCAUCAGAGGGCGAUUACAAGAGUGAUUUAGUGGAGUUUGUCUCGCAAGAGCUUACUAAGUCCGAUAGGCCAGAACUCACCAGCGCUAAGAAUAUUGUUUCUGGUGGUCGCGGUCUCAAGUCCGGCGACAACUUCAAGCUGUUGUACGAUCUAGCUGACAAGCUGAACGCGGCCGUUGGUGCCAGCCGUGCUGCAGUGGACGCGGGCUUUGUGCCCAACGACCUGCAGAUCGGACAGACUGGCAAGAUUGUUGCCCCUAACCUAUACAUCGCGGUCGGCAUUAGUGGCGCCAUCCAACAUUUGGCCGGUAUGAAGGACUCCAAGACGAUCGUCGCUAUCAACAAAGACCCUGAAGCGCCUAUUUUCCAGGUAUCGGACAUUGGCCUGGUAGCAGAUCUAUUUAAAGCAGUGCCAGAACUGACAUCAAAGUUGUGAAUAUCUGCCAAGUUUUAGUUAGCAAUUCCUAAUCAGAAUACCUAUACAAUAUACUACAUCCCUUGAGAUUUUUGAUACCCGUAUACUUGUUACAUCCACAAUCAUGUAUUUUACGAAGAAAAUGUUAAUAAAAUUAAUUUUAUAAUA